AUGGCUUCUGCCGACGGCUCGCCUGUAGAUCGCAAAAGCAAGAUCGCGAAGCGUUCAUCCAACUCAUAUACCUCGGAAGAGUGGCGGAUGCAUCGACCUUUAAUAACCCAGUUAUACUUCGAGGAAGGCCGAACUCUCAAGGAUGUGGCCGAAUACUUGAAAAGAGAAUAUGAUUUUGUACCUACUGAGCGCAUGUAUAAAAGCCGACUCCAUACAUGGGGUCUGGAUAAGAAAAAGAAGGAGCACGAGAUGCUCGACUUAGUUCGCCAAGGCCUGCAACAAAAGGGCGACGACAAGCAAAAGGUCUUCUUGGUAAGAGGAAGGCAAGUUACCCUAGCCGACGCCUUGCACUACUUCAAUCGCAAGGGUAUCAAAGACCCCUCGAGCCUUUUGGAGCCUCAAAGAUCAGUAUCCGGCGACCUAUCAUCUCCCGAGGAUGCUGACGUCAAAACGCCUCUGUCAUCCAACGAUGACAUGCUCAACACGGCCCAAGAUGCAUCUGAUUUCGAAAUGACAAGAAGUCCCAUGGAAAUGGGCGACCAAGAAAAGCCCGCCAUAGCCUUGAGACUAAGGACUUCCGACGUUGCCGCCGAUCGCCUUGCUAUUCUACAGGAAGCCUUGAACAUACCCGAGCUCCCGCCAAUGCCACCAUUCCGGACGCUUUCUGUCGAAUCAUCAGUCGCGCAGGUCACGGUUUCGGCUGAAGACCAACGAUAUCAAGAUGUCAUCUUUCAAAAUAUGCAGAACCACUACAUGAACUUGUUUACGACGCGGAAUUUGUCCAUCCGCAACACUACCGGUACGUGGACUGCUACCUCGGACGACGCCCUGGCCGACAGGUUCUACUAUUCCAUGUACCACGGCUAUUCGUUUCUCUGGAACGGACAGCGGGAUCGGGCAUUUGACAAUUUUUACAAAGCGUUUGCACUCAUUGAAGGCCUGCUGAAGGACGAUCACGUUGGCUUCAUGAUUUACAUCUUUGACCUGAUUAUCCGACAUGAUGGAACUGGAUAUGAGGAACCGUUACUCAUGCUUUUGCGACACUUGGCCGACAUGGCCAAAACCGUUUUCGAAUCUGAAGAACAUCCGAUCUAUAUUAUUGCCACGCACAUGCACGACGCCACGAUGUCACGGGCUUGGUUGGCCGAGUCCACCUUACGUCGACUGCUCGAUUUCUUCCAAGAUAGCAUAGGCUACUUCCACCCCGAAACGAUCGCCUUACUACAGACCUUCGCAAGUAGUCUUCUGAACCGAGAACAUUUCGCUGAAGCCGCCGUGAGAUUCCAGCAGUUGGUCGAUGCUUUCGAAACCACCGUGAACAAACGCUGCUACGAGGCUUGCUAUGCUCUGCGGUCUACUUCCGAGGCCUUUUUCCACAUGGAAGAAUACACGCGGGCACUCCAAGCCAUCAAGGCGGCGCUGGAGCGGUCACAGACUUUGCCACGGCCUGAGGAACGUGAGAUCUAUGUUCGAUGUUUGCGAGGGUUGGCCGAGAUCUCGAAUCGGCUGGGUCGGAAGGAGGAAGCUAACGAAACCAUGCAACACGUGGUGGAUAUCUGUCGGGAUGCAUUUGGACCUGAGCAUCCAUUCACGAAUCGUGCUAGGAUGCAUCUCAAAACAAUUUUAAAAGGCGACGCAACCAGCGAUUCUGCAAUCCCACCGAUGGUGUACAGGUUAGGUCGAGGGGGAAGCGCCGCCAAAUAUAUCUGGAUUUCUCGGACAAGUCCUACUCGACUGCAGGCUUAA